AGUUUAUGUGUGUGAUUAAACAGUCAAAGUCAUAAAAUUAUUUGUGAAAGCCACGAAAACAAAAAUAACUAAAAAAUGGACAAGCCAAGAACAACUUUUCAAAAGAUAAUUUUUUGUUUGAGACAUAUAAAAAGAAUAUUCAGAAAUGCAAUUUGCUCGCUUCUUUGUCAAAGAAGCAAAGAAAUGAGUUCAGAAGGAAAAACUGUCAGUGUUACUAUCAAUUAUCAAGCUUUUGAAGACAGCAAACUCUAUCGACUUAAAAAGUCAACAAUUCUUCAUGUUGUUCCAGGCGAAUCAUUGCUAGGAAAGCGAAUUUCAAUUCAAACGAAUUAUCCUUCAAAAGGAAAUGAUUUUGUUCGAACGAAAUUCGUCGGUUUGGAAUGGUUUUCACGUUAUGGCGAAAAAGUUUCCAACGAUGACAAUUUCGCCGAAAUCAGAGAUUUGGAGAUGUAUUGUCAUGUGACGAUGUUGCAUUCAGGAACAUUUAAAUUUAAUAUUCUUGAAGAAGAUAAAAAAUCAGACGGCCCUUGUGGAUCGAUUUAUUGUCAAGUUGAACCCGACAUUUACAUUGGACGUGACCGUCAAAUCUUAAAGCUUGAAUCGAUUCGUUGUCAAACAGUUUUAUCGAAAUGUCUUGGACCUUUGAAGACGUGGGAAGAGAAACUCCGUGUUGCUAAAGAGUCUGGGUAUAACUUAAUUCACUUCACUCCAGUUCAAGAGUUGGCUGGAUCAAGAUCAGCUUACUCGCUUGCAGAUCAAUUGAAAAUUGACCCGGGAUUUGGUAAUGUCACAUACGAAGACGUAGGAAAAGUUGUCAAUAAGCUUCGUGAUGAAUGGGGAAUGGCUUCAAUAUGUGACAUCGUUUUGAAUCACACUGGAAAUGAAUCAUUGUGGUUGUUGGAUCAUCCCGAAGCGACUUACUCGUGCAAUACUUGCCCACACCUUCGACCAGCUUUCAUGCUUGACAUUUUAUUAGCUAAAAUCGGUGAAGACGUCAACAAAGGAAAUCUUGAAAUGGAUGGAUGUCCAUCAGUUGUUGAUUGUGAAGAUCAUAUUCAAGCAUUACGACAUCAACUGGUUACAAAAUAUCUUCCAAUGAUUAACAUUCAUGAAUUUUAUCAAAUUGAUGUUGAAUUGUUCUUCACAAAAUUCGUUGAUGCUAUACGUUCACAACCACCACCAUCACAACAAACUAAAGAAGUGUCUCCAUCUGACCUUAAAUUCGUAUUGAAAGAUGAUUAUCGACGAAAAGGCGUCACAAUCGAUCUUGAUGUUGCUUUGACAAUCUUCAAUGUGUUUAGAAAUGAUUGUUUUGAUGAAGAUAAUCGAAUCAGGAAGUGUGGAGAAGGAUUUCGUAAGACGUUAGAAGAUUACAACGCUCGUAUGAAGUGUGAGAUUGACGGGCACAUGAAAUGCGCUGUUGGCAAUGCUUUGGCUGGUGUUCGUUAUGAACGAGUUCAACAUGAUGGUCCACAAUUUCGCACAAUUGAUUUUGGUCAUCCACUUUUCGUUCCUUACUUCACUCACACUGGUUGUAAAGAUAAAUCGUUGGAAGUCAUUGAAACGAUGAUGUAUGAAGAUGCUGGAAAGUUUUUCAUGGGUCACAAUGGUUGGAUAAUGGGCGGCGAUCCACUCAAUGAUUUCGGACGACCACAAUCAGGAACAGGAAAUGUUUACUUAAGACGAGAAUUAAUUGCAUGGGGUGACAGUGUCAAGUUGAGAUUCGGUGACAAACCAGAAGAUAAUCCUUAUUUAUGGGCGAGAAUGAAAGAAUAUGUCGACACAACAGCGAAAUAUUUCAGUGGCGUUCGUUUAGAUAAUUGUCAUUCAACACCAUUACAUGUCGCUGAAUAUUUGAUUGACAGUGCAAGAAAAGUUAAUCCCGAACUUUAUGUCGUUGCUGAAUUGUUUACCAACUCGCCAGAUGCUGACAACAUUUUUGUGAAUCGUUUGGGAAUAACAAGUUUGAUUCGAGAAGCUUUGUCAGCUUGGGAUUCUCAUGAAGAGGGUCGACUUGUUUACUUGUAUGGUGGCGAACCAGUUGGCGCUUUCUUUAACAAUCCAAAUCGUCCAUUAGCACCAAACAUUGCACAUGCAAUUUUCUUCGAUCAGACUCAUGAUAAUCAAUCUUACAUUGAAAAGCGUUCAGUUUUUGAUUUGGUUCCAUCAGCGGCGCUUGUUUCCAUGGCUUGUUGUGCGACGGGAAGUAAUCGAGGCUUUGAUGAGCUUGUUCCCCAUCACAUUCACGUCGUAAAUGAAGAGCGACAGUAUCAAGAAUGGGAGAAGCAAGUGAGUGAGAAAAGUGGAAUUAUUGCAGCAAAACGUGCUUUGAAUGACUUGCAUGGAUUUCUCGGCACAAAAGGAUUCAAUCAAGUGUUUGUUGAUCAAAUGAAUCCCGACAUUGUUGGCGUGACAAGACAAAAUCCGAUCACAAAUGAAUCAUUUAUUUUAAUCGCACAUACAGCUUUUGGAUAUCCACACGCGAAUUCUGGUGCAACUCAUGUUCGUCCUUUGAUUUUUGAAGGGAAACUUGAAGAAAUUUAUCUUGAAUGUGAGAUUCGAAGUAGAAAGAUUGAACCGUUUGCACGGCCAGAAGAUUUUAAGAAGAAUCCGACAUUUAUUAAUGGUCUUGAUGAAUAUGAUGUGACAAUUAGUAAAAACAUUCAAUUAAAUGACUCGAGAAUUUUUGAUAAAACACCGAAAAUCAGUGGAAACUCGACGCAACUUGAUUUGGUAAAUUUAAAGCCUGGAUCGGUUGUUGUUGUUCGCGUGUCACCACACGAUGAAGUGUCGAUCAAAUUGAAGAAACUCAACGAACUUAUCAUCAACUUGCAAUCAGAAAAUGGAACGAAGUUUAAAGAAAUUCAAUCAAUCAUCUCGAAUCUUUCACUUGUUGAUUUAAAUCUUGCACUUUUCUCAUGUGAUCAGGAAGAACGUGAUCGUGGAUUUGGCUUUGAAGCUUAUGACAUUCCUGGGUUUAAGCGAUUGGAAUACGCGGGAUUUCAAGGUGUGUUGAGUCUUUUAUCACACAUCAGUCCAUCGAAUGAUCUCGGACAUCCUUUGUGUGGUAAUUUACGAAGUGGAAAUUGGUUGAUUGACUACAUCAGUGACCGAUUAAAUCAAACGGAUAGCACAAAGAAACUUAGUGAAUGGUUGAAAGAAAAUUUAGAAGCAAUGAAAGGAAUUCCACGUUAUCUCAUCCCAGCAUAUUUUGAUGCAAUCAUUACUGGCGUUUAUGGCUUGUUAAUUCAACGUGUCUUGUCACAAAUGCCAAAUUACAUUAGCAAAGGUUCAAUCUUUCCUCAAUUGUUAGCUAUCAGUUCAUUACAAUUUUUAGCGCCAGUUAAGUCAGCGCCGUUGCCAGAUUUAAGUCCUAACGUGUCUAAUCCAAAGCCACCGAAAUUAUGCACAACAUUAGCAGCUGGUUUAGAACAUUUUGUGACUGGUUAUAUGAGAUGUUGGGGUCGUGACACUUUCAUUUCUUUGCGUGGUUUAAUGUUAAUCACUGGAAGAUAUGAUGAAGCUCGUUACAUAAUUCUCGCUUUUGCUGGAACGUUACGACAUGGCUUGAUUCCAAAUCUUCUCGAUGGCGGAAAGAGUGCUCGAUAUAAUUGCCGGGAUGCUGUUUGGUGGUGGCUUUAUUGCAUUCAAGAAUAUAUAACGGAAGCACCAAAUGGAAAAGAAAUUUUGAAAGAAAAAGUCUCACGUUUGUAUCCACAAGAUGAUUCACCAGCUAUGCCAGCUGAUGGAGCUAACGAUCAACUUCUUCAUGACGUCAUGCAGGAAGCACUCAAUGUUCACUUCCAAGGUCUUGUUUUUCGCGAAAGAAAUGCUGGAAAAAGAAUUGACGAACAUAUGACUGAUGUUGGAUUUAACAAUCAAAUUGGAAUUAAUCCAGAAACUGGAUUUGUGUUUGGUGGAAAUGAUGCAAAUUGUGGAACAUGGAUGGAUAAAAUGGGAUCGUCAGAGAAAGCGAAGACGAAAGGUAUUCCAAGUUCACCUCGUGAUGGUGCUGCUGUUGAACUUGUUGGUCUUCAAGCAAGUGUUUUAAGAUUCUUAGAGAAAUCUUCUGAUUAUCCUUACAAGUCGGUGGAAAGAAAAAAUCCCAACAGCGAUGUGAAAAUUGUUUGGACAUUUAAAGAGUGGGCGGAAAGAAUUGAGAAGAAUUUUGAGAAAUUUUUCUAUGUUAGUGAGAAUGACACAAAUCCACUCGUUCAUAAGCGAACAAUCUACAAAGACACGCAUGGUGCCAGCAGAAACUUUGCAGAUUUUCAACUUCGUUGUAAUUUUCCGAUUGCUAUGGUUGUUGCACCUCAGUUGUUCGACCCGAAUCAUGCGUGGGAGGCUUUGGAGGUUGUUAGAAAAUAUCUUUUGGGACCGCUUGGAAUGAAGACAUUGGAUCCUGAUGACUGGUCGUAUCGUCCAAAUUAUGAUAAUUCAAAUGACAGUGAAGAUGGAAAAGUAGCUCAUGGUUAUAACUACCAUCAAGGCCCUGAAUGGCUUUGGCCCAUUGGUUAUUACUUGAGAGCUCGUCUCAUCUUUGGUAAAAAGCUUGGAAAGCUCAAGGAAGUUGAAGCAGAAACCUGGAAAAUUCUCACUGCCCAUUUGAAAGAGCUGCGUACAUCUCCAUGGCGUGGUCUACCUGAGUUGACCAAUGAUCAUGGUUCAUUCUGUCACGACUCUUGUCGUACUCAAGCUUGGAGUGUUGCUACAGUUCUUGAGAUCCUCUACGACUUAGAACAACGCAAGUGAAGUCAAAAUAAACGCCAUAAAAUGCUUAAAGCUUUUGCUUCGAUGUUGAUUGAAUAUAUUUUGUUAAAAGUUCUUUAAAAACUGUUUCUUGUUAAUUUCUUAAAUACUCGUCAUUAUACUUAAAUAUUUACAAAGUUCACUCGAAUAAAAACUUCUUUUUUGUUUUGUUUAAUGAAACUUGCCGUAAAA